AUGGAAGCAACGGAGGAUCCAGAGCAGGAUAAACAAGUGGCGAUUAUUAUAUUCGUUAUGGCAAUAGCCGGGAUGUGUGUGAAUCUGUUCGUGCUGAUAUUCAUCCAGCAGAUCGACUCGAUCCGAAAGCCGUUCGUACAGACGAGUGUAUCGCAGAUGAUCGCUGAUUUCACGGUGCUGUUCACAUUCGCUGCUUAUGCGGCACCGAGGACGUUCUUUAAUGAUAUGGAAGUGUUGAAGAACACGACGUUGAAUCGCUUCAUGGGUCAGUUGAAUAUCACCGCCUAUGUGGCGUGUAUCUACACGCAUCUGCUGCGUAGCACGUGUCGAUUCAUGGCCAUUUCCCUGCCCAUCAGACAUUCCCGGAUAUUUACCCAGAGGAAUACGAUCGCUGCCCUGUUCUUGGUGUGGCUGUUCGCCGCUUUGCAGACUUUGAUUCAUUUUUUUGGUGGGUUUUCGGAGGGCUGUGCGUUCACCUACGUGGUGGAUCAAUACGGCUUCAUGUAUUCGGAUACGACGUGCGGUAUGGCCAUCAAACUGGUGAUCGAUUUUGCACAGUACUUGAUCGUGAUCCUAUUCGUA